CGCCGUUAAGAGCAGAUGGAGACACUUCAAACGGCCAUCGCGAGCAAAGAGGACACCGGACCGUUCAAAAAGCCGCUUUUUGACAAGAAAGACCAUUGCAACGAUGGCGAUCACAACGAAACAAAUUACGUAGACCUCGGUAAUCCGUCGGACAUGAAGUCGGAUAGCGCAAAGACCGUGAAAGUCACUUUCACGGGCGAGGGGAACCAGCUGGCCAUUUUCAAAUGCAAAGGCGACGCGUCCGUCUCCACUAAGAGCCCCGUGGAGCGAGAGGACAACGAAAAUGUGGAGAAAACUUUACCAGAAGAGUGCUUCAAUAACGCCGACAUUGAAAAGUGCUACGCGGAAAGACUUUUUGGAGAGCGCGACCCCCUGAUACGCGCCCCCUCAGAGGAUGAGUUUACAGAAGAUGAGAGUAAAAAGGACGCGGAUCUAGAAAAUGAAGAUUCUAAACAUGAAACGGAGGAGUUGCAAUACACGGAUAUGUACUUGAACAGUCGCUGUGAAUCGAAAGAUAGCACGAGCGCAGCGGACGUGGAGUCGCACUAUAUCACGACGCACGAGAUUCAGCUAACGGAGCUGGAUCACGAUGUGGAUUACGAGGUUGGUCGCGGAUCCUGCUGGGAUUUCGAGGAUGAUAAUCUGGUUUAUUCGUUUGUUGAUUACGCAUCGUUUGAGAGCGACGAAACCACUCGUAAGAGAAUUCAAAGCAAGGUGAAGAGCAAUAAAGUUCAGACCUCUUUACGCGCAGCGAAGCUUGGCGCCCCCGGUGCGCUGGUGAGCACCGAAAGUGAAUUUUGUGAAUCCGACAAAUGUGCCAGCUCGGACGAGGGCGUGGGUAAGACCCAACACGACCGCCGAAAUACGUCGGGACCUAUUCACCUGUCGAUCAAAACGUCUUCUCGGGCCAUCAACGAGCACGUCAAUGUCUUACAACAGAAGAAUGUGCGCUUUCACACAAGACGCGCAGCUGAACGUCAAUAUUCAUUCAGAAGUUCCGAUUCCAAAAGCGAAACCCUGUAUGACCGGUGCUUUAUCCCCCCUCCCGGUCGCCAACACCUAGCGAGCAAACUUAGAGUGAAAGACAUCAACGAAUAUUCCAGUGGUGCGUCAAGUUCCGUUAGCGAGCUGGAUGACGCUGAUAAAGAGGUGCGCAAUCUUACCGCCCGUUCAUUCCGGAGUCUGGCGUGUCCUUACUUUGAUACCAUUCAUCUGAGCAGCUCCAGUGAGUCCUCAAUGUCAGAACACAGCCUGAGUAUUAACAAAUGGUCCGCAUUCGUCGACUUAAAUUACAGCAACUUGACACAGGGACUUGACCAGAACAUGCUGGCGCGGAGGAACUCUACGCCCGUUAUGGAGGGGAAUCACAGCGCUGAGUAUAAAAACAAUAAAGAUGUGCUUCACACUAAUAUCCCGAACCCACAAACGAAUAUAUUGUCGUUGAAAAACAACUUAAACUCUCGACAGGCGUCCUCCGGGUCGUCUAAAAAAAUAGAGAUAAGGAGCAAACCGGGAAGUAAGGAAACCAUCACACUAACAGAAACCUUGAACUUCAGUUGCAAUGUCGGAGGAGGCAUACCUGCGCGCGAGAGGCGCGCGAAACGCUACCUAGAUGCCAUGGCGUCACGUUCCACAGCUGAAGUUAUGGGCAUCGCGCCAGCCAAGCCGGGGUGCGAGACAGAAGGUCAGGUGCGUGAAACGAGUGAAACAUUUGAAGAUACCCACAAGAAAGCAAUUUUCGCCUCCAGUCUUUUAAAAAACAUCAUCUCCAAGAAAAUGCAGUUUGAACAAGAGCUCAAAAUGGAAAGGGGCGAAAUAUGCGACACACACACUGUGCCUUCAUUAUGCCCUCAAUAUAAGGAUCAGGACGCGAAGAAAGAAAAAGAGGAGAUACAAAGUGAAAACUCAGAAACUGAGUCCGGACACUCUCAAGAGGAACGCGAGGACGUAACAGACAUUGUAUAUUGUGUCUCAGAUGUUGAGCCACCAGAGACCAUGCGUUCCCAGCCUGCUGAACUCACCGAGUCACCCUGUGACCCAGGAAUUGCUCCUAAAUUAGACCCAAGCGAUGCCUCACACAUUCCUCUGACACCCAGUCAAACAAGCGCUUUCAAAACCUGGAAAGAUGGUGAGCAAGAAUCUGAAGCGCAGGGUGAAGGAGAUCCUCAGUGCGCACUGGAGGAUACGCAGCCAAAUACUUCCACUGAACGCGUGCUGGAAAGCAGCGAAUGUGUUGAGGGCGAGAGUAAUAAGAUGAUUAAGAUGUCUCACUUGUAUGUCCCUAGCUCGCAGCUUAUGCCUAAAGAGAAGGAAGCUGUCGGGCUUUCAUUACAUAAUCUGAAAGUGAAUGGAGAUGUUGCGGAGUCAGACGGGGGAGGGUGCGCAAAAUUUAGCUCUGGCCAGCUUCAGUGCCCUGAGGACACGGACAAAACCUCUCCGUGCCAAAAAGCCCCCGAGAUCAAAAUACGCAUUCGCAGUGUCAAAGAAAAUCAAGGCAAUCGGUUGAAUAUUGCCAACCUUUUAACCCCUAAUAUCAAGUACAGCGUCAAUCCUAAAAAGGCGACAAACGAGUCUAAAACUAAUUUGCUGAACAUACCUGACAAAGUUCCGCAUUUUAUGGUGAGGGAUAUCAGAGACAGUAAAUGUAAGUUCCAGACGCCCAUUCAUCAAGUCAGAGACGUGCGCAAAUUGGUUAAAAGCUCAUAUAGGUUUGUUGCGCUAGAAAACGUUCCAGGGACGUUACGCGAAGAUGGCAAACCUAUUCAUAGAGCACCUGACAAUAAGCCAUUUCCUACACCAAUGGUCAUAAAAUGCCAGUCUGUGAACACGAACAGUGCCACAAAGUACGAUCCCGUGAAUAUGAGCUCUAAAGAGGAGAGCGAGAUUGUGCCCGAAACAGCAAGAACGUCUCCAAAUCUCCCUUCUGAAUGCGCUUCUAAAUGCGAAGGCGCGCGCGCACCGGCCAGAGCUCAGUGCGCAAAGCAGCCUUUAACGGAACAGCACGAGUUCAGUUUAAAAAUCGACGCCAAAAAAUCAGAUUGCUGCGAGAAGAAACCAGAGUCGAAAGUCUCGAAUCAAGUAGCCCUCGAGAAGUUAAAGGCAGCCGUGAAAACCAUGGAGCAACUUUAUGUUUUUGACAGAAACGAGUGGAAGCGCAAAGCGCAAGCGCCACGACCGAUCACGGACAGUCACGUGCUGUCAUUAAUCACGAGAGAGGAGCAAGGGGUCGCGACCAAAACGGACUUCGAUAACGAAUGUGGAAGAGCGGAUAAUGAGAAAUUGACAAACUCUAAGCUGCGCACAGAGAACUUGGCCACAGCUUCUUGUGUUGGUGGUGUGAUUGAUGAGGGUAAAAUGUGUAUGCCAACAAGUUCUCACAGUCAGAAAGAAUUAAUUGCCCAAAGGGCAGUGUUUAGGGUGGGAGGUAGCCUCAAACCACCUGCCCACAUAACUGUGGCGAAUGAGAGCACUCAACAAAUAUGUUCUAGCAGGAACUACACACAUAAAGCGCCUUUGACACUGAAAAUCUGUCCUUCAAAAGCAAGAAGUGAGGACAGGAACUCUGUUUUAGAGCAGCAGCAGCAUCUGCCCUCAUAUUCCUCAGAUAAUUACCUGACCAUACCUGUUAAAGCUUCAAAUUCCAAACUCCCCCAAUCUCCAAAGCCUUCCCAUCAGCCCCUGCAGCGCUCACCUAUAGUUAUGAAGUCAUGGUCACCAGAGACUCAAACUGCCACAAUAUAUCACCACGCUGUUCCCCUCCCAGCCGUGCCCGCCAUACCUGCCCCCCAACCCCAGGUACUGUGCCUCACCCCGCCCGCAGAUCCUCUUCCCCUUCACGUCCAGCGCAAACUCCUGCUGGACCCCACCACAGGACAUUACUACUUAGUGGACACCCCUGUACCCAUGCAGCCAGCCGCCCAGAGGUUUUGCCAUCCAGAGAGUGGUCAGUACUUGGACAUUCCUUUUUCGCUCGCACCUGUGCCCGUAUCGGUCUCGCCGGUCACCCUCAGCCCGGCAGCUUAUCCCCCCACGUACCUGGUUUACCCGCCGACCAUGUUGGCGACUCAACCGCACCUCAACACUCAAUCCCACUCCUCCACCUGCUCAGAGGGCGACGACACUGUGGAGACAGGCAGCCUGUGUAUGAUCCAGCCUGGCAUGGCAGUACCCAGCAGCACCAAACCUGUUAUUAGCAUUACGUCACAGCAAAGCGCCCGGAUCGUUGCACCUCCCUCCUUUGAUGGCACAACUAUGAGCUUUGUGGUGGAACAUAGAUGAACGUAGAUAAGUGAACGAUGGUCUUUGUUUGGUGGAAUCCAUUCUUCUCCCUUCCACCUCAAAACAUAUUCCUCAGACAUGUUUCACAGUUUCCCACAUCUGUGUUCAUCAAUUCCUGUGUUCAACCUGGUGUUGCCUACUGAUCUGUGACUUUUGGAAUGUGCGAAUAACUGAAACAAACUGAAGCUGUUUUAACAGACUUCUGUAACAUGUCCAUGUGCUCGGCUAUAAUCUAGAUGCUUUAAGAUAACUUGGAUGCCUGUUCGGGCAUCUCAAGGCACUGCAUAAUUAAGGCUGCUCGUUGAAGUAUAAAGUGUUUUUAUUGUUACAUUUUUAUGGACCCUUUUUAACUACCUGUAGAAAGCGGCAAGUUCUGACUGAAGAAAACGCAGUGUGUGUGGAAGAGUGGGAAAUGUAUUGAGCAACAGAUGCUCUGUGUGUGUAUGUGUGUGUGAGAACGGCACAUGAGGUGUGUAUGUUUCAUAUUAGAGUGAUGAGAAUCGACUAUUAUUGAUGGGUCGAUUGGUAGUUUUAUACAUUGUCAGUGGAAAAUGAUAAUUAUGCUUAUUAGAGUGAAGCACUUAUGUAUUUCAAAAUGGUCUCUAUGUUGCCAAUUGUCUCAGUUUGCAAUAUGGUUAUGUAGCUAUCAUCAUAUUUGCAUCCACAGUUUUUGCUUUCCUCUUUUUUUUUGCUUUUUACCAUUUCACUCUUGUGUUGUC